UUUCCUUAUUAAAAUACACGUAGCCCCAACUUGGACUGCUUCCUAAGAGCAUGACAAGUUAUUGCUGUGCGGAAAACUUGCUGUCAAUUUUACUUCUCUUGAUAUUUGCUUUCACUUCUACUUUCCAGUCAAAGUAUUGGAUUUUGCAACCCAGGCAUGUAUAAGACUGCGCCUUCUGAUGAUGGGAACUAUAUUCAGUCAUCUUGCAAUGCCUCUGUCAAUGGUCCUAAAGCAGAUGAUCCCAUCUAUGCACUGCUGGGGGUUUUUUGGCCAAUGCUUGAAAAUCUUUUUAGGGCAGAACACAUGAUAAAUGGAAGUUUAUCAAUGGCAGCUUGUAGGGCUCUUUCGCAAGCAAUUCAUUCCUUGGGCCAACACUUUGUAACACUAUUGCCCAAAGUAUUAGAAUGCCUCUCCACAAAUUUUGUGUCAUUCCAAAGUCAUGAUUGCUACAUUAGAACAGGCAUGGCACAAGUUAUAUGGAUAUAUUGGGAUUUGCAAGCUUAA